AUGUGUGUGGCCUCCAGCGGCAAGCAGCAGCACCGGCACAAUUGCAGCCGAAACCGGGGUCCUACUCCUACAGUGAAAAGAUGGUUCAGGAUAAAUGACACAGCUGAUGAUGCUCAGAUAAAAGCAAAGAAAAUUAUGGUUGUCAGUAAUCAAGAACAUUGGGAAGAAUUUCUGGGGUCCAAAGGAUUGAUUGUAGUAGAUGCUUAUCAAGGCUGGUGUGGACCAUGUAAAACAGUUGUCAAUCUCUUCAAGAAAAUAAGAAAUGAAGUUGGUGGUGACCUGCUGCAUUUUGCUGUGGCUGAGGUAGAUUCAAUUGAUGCUCUAGAGAAAUAUCGUGGAAAAUGUGAGCCAACGUUUCUGUUUUAUGGAGGGGGAGAAUUGGUAGCUGUUGUAAGAGGUGCAAAUGCACCAUUGUUACAGAAAACCAUUCUGGAGCAGCUGCAAGCAGAAAAGAGAGUCUUGAAUCAUGGAGCAGAGAGAGUGGUGUCUAUAAUUUGCAAUAUCUUACAUAAUGAGGCUAGAUCCAUGAUGAAGCCCUCCCUAAACAAGAAGAAAGUGCCACUGUUGGAGAAGGGCUGGAAGAAGACAGUGAGAGUGAAGAAGCAGACAACCUGGAUCAGUGAUUUUCAGCAGAAGAGAACUGAUGUUGUUGUUUUGUAGAUCUAAUAGAUAUCCAGUAAUGAAUCAAAUUUGGUUUGCAGAACAGAAUUGUUAUAAUUAAUCUCAUAGCAUCUUGGUUUUAUCAGUGGAAUUAAAUUUCUAACUAAUUUUCUAGCAUUAUUUUCAUAGGGUCUGAAAUAUUGGUCAAAAUAUAAAUUCACAAUAUUUAAUUAUCAUAAUAGUUCUGAGGUCCUUGGAAUUCUCUGAACUUGGUUGUUUGCUUGUAGACAUUUCAUUAACCAACUAAGUAACAUCAUCAGCACUACUAAG